AUGUCAUCCGACGACGAAACCUAUGGCCCAGCCCUCCCGCCAGGACUUGUGCGGAAGAAGACAACUGGUCCGUCACCUCCACGGUCUAUUGGUUCCUCGCGCUCGCCGUCCAAGAGCCAAACGAAGAUUGGUCCCUCCAUUGGCCCAGCGCUACCUCGCUCUCUCUCUCCAUCAUCUGUAGGCCCCUCUAUCGGCCCAUCAAUCCCAGGCCCUAUCGGCCCAUCAAGACCCAGUCCAGUUGGGCCAUCACCUCCUGGCCGUGUCGGGGCCCUUCCCCCAAGACCCCCUGGUCCCUCCCUCCCCCCCGGUCCGGCCGUCUCCCCUCCUUCUGACGACGACUCGGACGACGAGAUUGGCCCACAACUCUCAGAUGUCACCUCUGUGCCCCAACGAUCCGCCGCCGACACCUUCCGCGAUCGCGAGGCGCGCAUUGCUCGCGCGCGCGAGGAGGCCGCUAACGCGCCGAAGAAGCCACAGCGCGACGAGUGGAUGACCUUGGGCCCACCUACAGGACUAUCACACAUUGACGCAUUGAAGCGCCCAACGCAAUUCCAGAAUAAGUCGCGCGAGGCGGCCGCCGUCGACCAGGCGUGGAUGGAGACGCCGGUUGAACGGGCACAGCGUGAGCGAGACGAAGCGCAGGGAGUCAAGCGUAAGCCCACUGGCGAGGAUGAGCGGGAUAGGGAUACGAAGCGCCGGCGUGACAAGGACGACGAGAUGCGACGCCGUGUCGACGAACACAACAAAUCGAGCCGCGGGGCGUCCCUCAUGGAACAGCACCAGGCCAAGAAGAAGGACGCUUCGCCGCCGCCUAUUUGGGAUCGCGAACGGAUGAUGGGCGUCGGGAGCAUGUUGUCGGGUGAAGAGCGGGUCAAGAAGAUCAAGGACGCUGCCAACCUCGGAGACCGGUUUGGACAUGGGCGGGGCGGGGCGUACAUGUAA